CUUAGGCCCCCAUCUGCUAUUUCCUCCCUGGGUCUCGGGCUCAGCCAGCUACUUUAUCACACAAGCCCCAGCUUCAAUCAUAGAAAAUUAUUCCCCUCACGAUACUGCAGCAGCGAUGGGUUCCGUCGGAACUUCCACUUGUUGCAGACGAACUCAUCAUACUCGCUCGGCGUCGGCUUCUUUUCGCGCACUCGCUGUCACAACGGCCCAGCAAUUCGCACUACUGUCGCUGCCUUCCUCUCCCGCGGAUUCAGCUGACUCGUCCCCCGCACGCGGCAAUGCGACAGCCAGACGCGCGGGUAGCGCCUCGCAUUCACCGCCUCCUCCCUCCACUUGCUUUCAAGUAAAGGCAGGGACGACGGGUGAUUGCCGCGUGGCGCAAUCAGGAGGGAGCCCAUCCGUUACUGACCAUGUCACCUCCCGCCAAAGCACCAAUGACGCAGGACCAGAGACACCUUCAACUGCGCGGGACGAAUCCACAAGCCCCGUCUGGGGGCUAUCGCUGCAGCUGCUGCAGCAUCUCGCCGCUCUCACCGCCACAAACGACAACCCGCGCGACACCAGCAGCGCCUCUUUCUUCCCGUACGCGUCGUCGCGCGACGGCCCUCAGGGUCGCAGAAGUCGCCUGACGCUGGACUCGUCCCAGCGGCGACUCGACUCGUGGAAUCGCGCGACCCGAACCGCGUCUGGGAAGAGAUUUGAGGACAUCCGCACGCAGCGGCGGCUGAAUCGCAGCAGAAGCGAGCCUUCGCCAGUAAGAUCGGCUGGCGCAGAAGAUUCCUUCGAUAGCCUGAGGCCAGCGCGACCGCUGGAUGCCGUCGUUUCAGAGGCGUGGAAGCAAAUGCUCCGCCACUCGCUCCGCCGCUCUCGAAGUGCGCACGCGCUGGGGGAGAAAGACACGAACGCGCUCUGGAGCGACGCGAUGACUGCGCUCAUGUGGCGGCACGGGGGAGCGGUCAUCUACCGACGGCCUGACGGCCAAGCGGCGUCCGAGUCAGCAGCAGAGUUGGCGAACAGCCACGACCGUCAAGUGAGUGACACCAGGCAGCAAAUUUUACCGACUGCGAGCUCGGCCAACUCUGGUCGUGCAGGCCUGCCGCUUGUCUCCGGGGCGAACGCAGCGACGAACGCAGCGGUAACCAGCCGAUGUCUCCCCAGCCCGUUGGCCCAAACAUACCUGCCCAGCUCAGCCGCGUCGCAACGACCCGACGAUUCCCAGAAGAGCCGGCCAUGGAGUUCGGCCUCUGCCUGUGGUCGCUUGGCGGCGCAGGCGGCGAGCUAUGACUGCUGCCGCGUGCGCACGGCGCCAUCGGCCGCCGCGCACCGUGCAUGCGAUUCUCGCACAGUCCAGCUGACGGAGAUGUCGUCGAGAACCCAUGCUCCUGCUGUGUCGAUGAGCGUCACUGCUGCCAAAAAAUACCAGGAGCAGCAGCGACGACAGCAGCAGCAGCAGACGCUAAAUACGGACCCGGUGAAAUCGGUGUUCGCUUGGGCUGCUGAGCAGAGAAUAGCGUCCCGGAGGGCACAGAGGGCUCAGCAGUGAGUGGGUGGGGCCCCAUCCUAGUAGGAUGCGACUGAUGCUCUCAUUCCUCUCCACCUGUGGUCAAGCUUGCCUUGCAGCGAUUUCUGGGUCAAAUUGUUGUGCUGUAUCUCGACUCUCUGCACUCUGGUUCCGUGCCGCCGACAUUUGCUUACAUCCACAUUACUUGCUACAGUGAGGAGGGCCUGGUGGGAAUGGGCGAUUCGCUAGGAUUCGCCAGGACCAUCUUCACAACAGGUUGUUAGCUCCGUUACUAGCUGGAAUAAAAAUCUCUUUGUACCUACCUUAUGAAUUGCACAAUUGAU